AUCGCUCUCGCGCGUGCCGCGCUAACGAUUUCCCCUCGCCUCAGCGCGGCCGUUGGCCCGGCCUUUCCCUCGGGCACGGCGAGGUCACGGUGCCCUUUUGGGCGGUCCUGUUUCUGAACCGGGGCGAGCCGUGUGGAAAUAAUUGAUGAACAUUGGAGUAUUAAGAGAAAAAUAAAAAGGUUUUAAAGGACACAUUUCUAGGGGCUGAAGGAAAAAUCUUAAGUAAUACUUUGAAGUAAAAGUGCCUUUCUUGUUAAAAUCACUGUAUACGUAUUUUAAACAACUUCUUUUUUUUAUUUACCAUUGGGCUAGCAGACAGACUCCAGAUUUUCCUUGUGUUUGGAUAUUUUUUUAAGGCUGCUUGUAGAUCUUUAUAUUCAUAGCAAAAGUGUUGCUUAUAAUCAUGAACAGUGGAAAUCAAUUUGUGGAAACUCUGAAGAAAGUUGGUUAUCCAAAAGCUGCUCAACUUAAUGGAGAAGACUUUGACUGGUUGUUUGAAACUGUGGAAGAUAAAUCAUUUUUGGUAUGGUUUUGUGGAAAUGUGAAUGAGCAGCAUGUGUUAGCUGAAAAAGAACUGCAAGCUUUUGAUGCUCUUCUUAAAUCUGGCAAGCCUAUUUUAGAAGAAGAGGCUUUGGAUGAAGUUCUUAAAACCUGCAAAACCUUUGAUUCAAAAUCAAGUAGCAUGGAAGAAGGAGAACUUCAGAAGCUAGAGGAAGAGUUUCAAGCUCUUCAGAAAAUUAAAAACCUAAACAUUCAUCGUCGUAAUAAGCUUCAAAUGAUGGCCUCAACAAACAGCCAUAUGUCACUGAAGUUAAAUGAUAAAGCAGAAGAAGCAGCUAAAAUUCUGAAAGAGGGACAAGGAAUUUUCAAUGCUGUAAAUACUAAGAUAAAUAAUGAACUUCACUCUCUUACUGAAGGAGUUAAGAAGUUGACCUUUUUCUUCACCUUUUCUGACUCAGAACAAGGGUUAGGUCCUCAUCCAGUAUUUUUAUCCCAACUUGCCUUGGAUAAAUAUUUAUGUCAGGAAGAGAAAAGCACUGCAGCACUUACUUCAUAUACAAAAAAACAAUUUUUUCAAGGUAUAUCAGAAUUGGUUGAAAGCUCAAAUGAAGAAAAUUUCCAACUUGUAGAUAUAAGCAAACCAUUAAUUUGUGAUGAGAACAAUGAAGUCUGCAAGGAGAGACUUGAGAUGGCUAGGCUGCAGAUGGCAUAUAUUUGUGCUCAACAUCAGCUGAUUCAACUGAAAGCUAAAGAUAUAAGCAUAAACUCAGCUGUACAAUGGGCAGAGAAUAAUCUUCAAUCCUUAAAGAACAAGACUUUUGGAAAAGAAGAACACCUUGAGGCUAGAAUCUGUAGUUUAAACAGUGAAAUUUCAAAAAUAAAAAAACAGCUAACUCAAAUAAAUAAUGAAAUACUGCCUUCCCUGGUGAAGGAGAAUGCACAGCUAUUGAACAUGCCUGUGGUGAAAGGAGAUUUUGAUUUGCAGAUUGCUAGACAGGACUACUAUACAUCAAGACAAGAUCAAGUAUGCAAUCAGUUGCUAAAACAGAAAGCAUCAUUUGAACUUCUUCAGCUAGCUUAUGAAAUUGAAUUGAGGAAACAUCGGGAUAUCCAUCGUCAACUCGAAAACAUAAUACAAGAUCUGAAACAGAGCAGCAAGGCCCUAGAACAGAGACUGGAGAUGAUGUCUGACCCACUUAUAUCUCAGCAUGCAGUACCAAGGAACACUGUUGAUUCAAGGGAUGAUGUCUCUCAUAGGCUAUACCAGCUUUUGGAAGGAGAGAAUCCGAAACAACAAUUGUUCAGAACACAUGAAGGCAUUCAACAAAUGGCUCAGAAAUUAAAGCAAGACAUUACUUCAGUGCAAGAUCAGCUAGCAGUAUCUUCUCAAGAACAAUUUCUCUUUUUGUCUAAGCUGGAUAGUGAUUUAGAUGCACUUUGUGACUCUCUGUAUUGGGGAGGAAAUCAGAUCUUGCUUAGUAACCAGGAACUAACAGAGCAACUUUAUCAACUAGAAGUGAACUUAAAUAAACUAAAUCAGCUUAUUAUGGAUCUUCUUGCUGAUGUAAAGGCCAAACGAAAGGUUUUAGAGACAAAUACACUGCAUCAGAUGGAGAGAAAAUUGUAUGUGUAUUUUUUCAAAGAUGAAGACUAUUUGAAAGCUAUUGUGGAGAAGCUAGAGCAUCAGUCUCAGGCUCAAACCAUUGGUCUAGAGGAUUAAACAUUAAAUGCAUCUUUGUUCUACUGUUAAGAUGUGGAAAUAUUUAGUGUAGACUUUUUAUGAUUCAGUGGAAAAACAAACUGUUUUGAUAAACUAAUAUAUCAUUAUUAGCCUUGUCAAGAACAGACUGUAAGCCCCUGUAUAGCUUUUGGCAUACAGAGACUUUGGGUUCAUACUUCAGUUUUGAGGGUUUGCUUUACAAGAGAGAGGGAAUGCAUUAAGUAUCUAGAUACUGCUAGACUACAUAUUACCCUCUAUUACUUAAUAUGCAGAGUAAAAUGCAGAUUCCUGCUUCCAUGAUGUGCUUUUCCUUUGUCUUCAGAUGUUAUGAAAUCCUCUUCAUGUGUGAAGCGGAUGGUUUUCCUAAUAGUAAAAUUUUACAGUAAUUUCUGUCCUGCGAUCCUUUGAGAGGACGUAAGGUGCAGUUGUGCAAAAGUGACAGCAUGUUUGGUUAUAGACCAAGUGUGUCUGCAUUUUUUUUCUACAAACUGUCCAAAAUCCUUUGGAUUAAUUGAUUGCUCUUCUUUCCCCUUCUUGCUACUCUUUCAAACUCUUCCUAGAAUCUUGACGCUCUAAGAGCAAGAGUUUUGAACUUGCCUUUUUUAGCAGGGUGUCCCAAGGAUGUUUGUGUUCAGCAGAUAAUUAAUCUGCUAUGAUCUGUUUCUUUUUCUGGCUCACUCUAGAAUUUGUAGUAAUACAAAUUUCAGAAUGUUUUAAUAACUCUGCCAGAAUUAUUAAAUUUUUAAUGAGAAAGAUUUUUUGACUCCUCAACUGCAACCCCAAGAUAUGUGUAGCAAACUAUAUAGGAAACUUACUACAGAUUAAAGAAAAUUUAAUGUGAUUGCACACAAUUAUGAUGCCUUUUCUCUGCUGUGUCCAUUGGAUCUGGAUCCUGAUGGGAGAAGCAGUUCUUCUUGCUUUCAGGUCAUAUACAGAUAUGUUUAUAAUAUGUAUUUGGUAAAGGGAAGCAAAUUAAGACUGACUAUUUUUAUAACUGCAGGUAAAACUAUUUUUAGUGUAUAAAUAACAUUUUAAAUUUGUUUUUAACUGUAAAAUUGUAUUUGAUUACCUUUCAUGUUUAAAUGAAUAAGAGCAUAACCUCUGUUAAAAGUAUUAAGUACUUUAAAAUAUUUGACGUUUGUAAGUCUGCACUGUCUUUUUUUGAACCCUGUUAAAUGUUUAAUCAUCUGGACUAUAAACAAUAAAUCAUAUCAAGGGUAAAAA